UGUGCCUCUCCAUCUCCACCUCACCACAUAUCGUGCGCGCCCGUUACAUUACUGUGUUUUGUUCACAUUCACAACUUGUGUCGCCUGCCUGCGUUCAGCCCGCCGACUGUACACAGUCGGUUAGCUUACUUUAGUAUGCGUCCGCAGCUGAUCGCGACGAGUCGAUAAUCGCGUCGCGCGACCAACAAACAACACCGCGCACGAUUUUUGUCAUGCGACUGCGUAAACAUCAACAAAACGCCGCGCCGCCAACAAUGACAAACAACAUGAUGUAACAUCUGUGUUACACCGAAACAAAAAACAAAAACAACAAAGAAUUUAUCAUCUAAAAAUAUAUAAACAAAGUUAAAAACAAGUGAUAUUAGUCUAGCAACAUUCCAAAAAUAUAACAAAAUAUAAAUUUAAUUUAGAUUUAAAGACUUAAAAAGAUGGAAUUGCGAACAUUUCAACCUUCGACUGUGAUAUUCCUAUUCAUGAUUGUCAAUGUUAUCGAUUAUAAUUUCGUCUCGGCGUUAAAAUGCUACAAAUGCACCAUGACAAAACCGUCGCCGCACACCAACGAGACCGUCCGGCUGUGCGCAUCGUUCGACUACUCUGACCUCUACGUCAUCGACUGUCCCUAUUCCACAAUGUGCAUGAAGAAAGACAUCAGCGUCAAUCUCCCGCACCCGAUCAACGGCACCGAACGCGACUGCGCCUUACAACGAUACGAUUAUCAAGACCUCGAGAACGGCAAAUGGCGACUGAAGGUCGCCAUUGAAGAGCCCUACGAUACCGGCUGUUCUGUCAUCGACGACAAGGGGCAGCGCUCAUCACGCACGGAGUUCUGCUACUGUCGCGGCGAUCUGUGUAACACAAGUUGCCUACCUCACGCGCCUCACACCGGCAUGAUUGUGUUCAUAUGUAUUUUCCUAUUAAUAUUAAACUAUAAAUAAAUAUAUCAACUUGUA